GCGGCAUUUUACGACGACGGGAGUGAGGGGGCCUUUGAAAACCUCCGACUACCAAGCCGGGGGAAAGCCAGUCCGAUGUUCAGUGCAGGUGACGAGGACGACAGCGACUUCUUGUCGCCCAGCGUGCCAGAUUGGCCUCUCUUUUUGGAUUAGAUCAGACAGCUGCUGGCCAUGGAAAUGAAUUCUUCCAGUACACAGCCCCAAGGCAGCCUAAGAAAGGCCAAGCAACCACAACAACAGGAAAUCAGGCAACACAGAAAAUAGCACCAACUACAGCAGGCACUUCCACAGUACUGUUUGCAACAGCAGUUCAUGCAUAUAGAUAGUAAGUAGCUGAGAAGGAAUGUUUUCUGAAGAUGGGGUUGGGGGUUUAAGCUAGUAUCUUUCCUCAGUAAGCCUCUUUUCAUUGCAAAAUGGUUACUCAUCUCUUUCAUAAACAAAGUAUCAGUAAUGCUUUUUAACAUUUGCAGAUUCCUACACUUAAAACUUGAAGAGCUAUUACCUUGUCUACCUUCUCUAAAAGUGCUUGUACUCUCAAUAACUGCCUUUAUAAGUGGCUCAUAUAAUUACUUAUAAGUGCUCAGUCUUUCCAUUGAGAUAAUAUGAAUAGUAGAUACUUAAAGAGUAAAUAAAUUGUGUUAAGAGCUUUAAAUUAUAAACUGCUCACCUCUGUCCCUUUCUAGAGACUGAAUGACUAGAUUCCCUACUUCUAUAAGGCAGAAAAGAAAGCUCGUUCUCCAAAGUUUAAGGAAGUAUCAAUACCUGUUGCUUUUCUUGCUUAUACAGCAUAAAUGGUCAAUAUGUGAAGCAGGGCAAACUUGGUGCUGCAGUCCUGGGGAAUCACACAGCCAGAGAGGAUUCUUCUUUAUAUGAGUCAGCAACAACCAGUUACUGUUGCAAGGAUUCACCUGAACUUUGAGCUAAUGGUUCGGCCCAAUAACUACAGCACCUUUUAUGAUGACCAGAGACAAAACUGGUCCAUCAUGUUUGAGUCAGAAAAGGCUGCUGUGGAGUUCAGUAAACAGGUGUGCAUUGCCAAGUGCAACAGCACCUCUUCUCUGGAUGCAGUGCUCUCACAGGACCUCAUUGUGGUAGAGGGCCCUUCUGUAGAAGUUGGUGAUUCUUUGGAAGUGUCAUAUACUGGCUGGCUCUUCCAGAAUCAUGUGCUGGGCCAGGUUUUUGACUCCACUGCUAACAAAGACAAGCUGCUUCGUCUGAAAUUAGGAUCAGGAAAAGUUAUCAAGGGCUGGGAGGAUGGAAUGCUGGGCAUGAGAAAAGGAGGGAAGCGGUUGCUUAUUAUCCCUCCAUCCUGUGCUACUGGCUCUGAAGGGGUAAUAGGAUGGACUCAAGCAACGAACGCAAUCCUGGUGUUUGAGGUGGAGGUUAGGCGGGUGAAGUUUGCCAGAGAUUCUGGCUCCGAUGGGCACAGUGUUAGUUCCCGGGACUCUGCGGCCCCUUCUCCUACACCUGGUGCUGACAACCUCUCUGCUAAUCCUGCUGUGUCACCACCCACAUCGGUGCCUUUUAAAUCAGGGGAGCCAGCUCUUCGUACCAAAUCUAACUCCCUCAGUGAACAACUUACAGUAAGUCCAAAUCCUGAUACAGUCAAGGCCAAGUUGAUCUCCCGGAUGGCCAAAAUGGGCCAGCCCAUGCUGCCCGGCCUUCCACCUCAGCUGGAUUCCAAUGAUUCAGAAAUUGAAGAUGUGAAUGCUCUGCGAGGGGCUGGGCAGCCCAUGGUGACCCCGUCCAUCCAGCCCUCUCUUCAAGCAGCCCAUCCAGUGUUACCACAGAUGACCUCACAAGUGCCUCAGCCAUCUGUUUCUGGGCUCCAAGCACCUUCUGCUGCCUUAAUGCAAGUUGCAUCUCUCGAUUCCCAUUCAGCUGUAUCUGGAAAUGCCCAGUCCUUUCAGCCUUAUGCAGGUAUGCAAGCCUAUGCUUAUCCCCAGGUGUCAACUGUCGCUUCCCAGCUGCAGCCUGUUCGGCCCUUGUAUCCAGCACCACUCACUCAGUCUCCCCAUUUUCAAGGAUCAGGUGACAUGGCUUCAUUUCUCAUGACUGAAGCCCGGCAACAUAACACUGAAAUUCGAAUGGCAGUCAGCAAAGUGGCUGAUAAAAUGGAUCAUCUCAUGACCAAGGUUGAAGAGCUACAGAAGCAUAGUGUUGGCAAUUCCCUGCUCAUUCCUGGCAUGUCAGUUACAGUGGAGACAAGCAUGAUUAUGAGCAACAUCCAACGGAUUAUUCAGGAAAAUGAAAGAUUGAAGCAAGAGAUCCUUGAAAAGAGCAGUCGGAUAGAAGAACAGAAUGACAAGAUUAGUGAACUAAUUGAACGAAAUCAGAGAUAUGUUGAGCAGAGUAACCUGAUGAUGGAGAAGAGGAACAACUCACUUCAAACAGCCACAGAAAAUACACAGGCAAGAGUUUUGCAUGCUGAGCAAGACAAGGCCAGGGUGACAGAAGAGCUAACAGCAGCCACAGCUCAGGUCUCUCAUCUGCAGCUGAAAAUGACUGUUCACCAAAAGAAAGAAACAGAGCUGCAGAUGCAGCUGACAGAAAACCUGAAGGAGACAGACCUCCUCAGGGGCCAACUUGCCAAACUGCAGGCAAAGCUCUCAGAGCUCCAAGAAACCUCUGAGCAAGCACAGUCCAAAUUCAGAAGUGAAAAGCAGAACCGUAAACAACUAGAACUCAAGGUAACAUCCCUGGAGGAGGAGCUGACUGACCUUCGAGCUGAGAAGGAGUCUCUGGAAAAGAACCUCUCAGAAAGGAAAAAGAAGUCAGUUCAAGAGCGCUGUCAGGCUGAGGAAGAGAUAGAUGAAAUUCGCAAGACAUACCAAGAGGAAUUGUACAAAGUUCGACAGCUCUUGAAAAAGGCUCGGGUGUCCACAGACCAAGCAACUGCAGAGCAGCUGUCUCUAGUGCAGACUGAGCUACAGACCCAGUGGGCAGCAAAAUGCGAACAUUUGUUGGCCUCUGCCAAGGAUGAACACCUGCAGCAAUACCAGGAGGUGUGCGCACAGAGAGAUGCCAACCAGCAGAACCUGACACAGCUUCAGGAAAAGUACUUAGCUCUCCAGGCCCAAGUCACAGUUCUGACAGAGCAAAAUGAACAGUAUAUCAAAGAACUGGAGAAUAACAAGUCCCAGACGUCUGGGAAUGAAGCUGCCACUACAGACCCCUCAGAGAAGGUCAAGAAGAUCAUGAACCAGGUGUUCCAGUCCUUGCGGGGAGAGUUUGAGCUGGAGGAAUCUUACAAUGGCAGGACUAUUCUGGGGACCAUCAUGAAUACAAUCAAGAUGGUGACUCUUCAGCUGCUAAAUCAUCAGGAGCAAGAGAAGGGAGAGAGCAGCAGUGAAGAAGAAGAAGAAGGAGGAGGAGGAGCGAGACCUCAGAGACCUUCUCAGGAGCAAUCAAUCUCAGCUGAUUCUGGGCUGUCUCAAGAAUCCAUGAAUAGAGAGGGGCAGGAGUCCCCCCCUGUGCCAUUGGAGCAGGUAGCUGAGGAAGCUAUCCCAUCACUUCCUCAGACCAUCCCCACUCCCCAGGAUGAUGUACAGAGAAGGAAAGGGGAGACCUUAGAAUCAGAGGAGCUUGCAGAGAUAAAGGAUGGUUCCCUCCCACCGGAACUGGCUUGCAUUCCAUCCCAGAGAGUUCAGGGGCCCCCAGCUUCAAUUCCACCUAAACCUCCAGGCUCUGUAACCGUGGACCCUGAGUGUGAGGAGAUACUUGCUGCUAGCCUGAUGGCAGCUAAGUCAGACGACCCAUUGAGAAAAGACUUUGUCGGGGCAGUGGCUCCAGAUGGCCCACUGCAAGAAAGCUCCACAACACCGUCCCUGACUUCAGACCCCAAGAAGGGGGACCCACUGGCCUUAGGGCCUGAAAGCCCAGGAGAGCCUCAGCCUCCAGAGCUCGAUAAAAAAGAGGAUCUCACUAGCUUGACUGGUCCGUCCAAGGAGCUGUUGAGCAUAGAGGCAGGUUCCACAGAUCCAGCAGCUGUCAGAUCCAGCCACGGUUCUCAGCAUUCCAGUCUCUCUGGGGAUGAAGAGGAUGACCUGUUUAAAGGGGCAACUCUGAAAGUCACGAAGCCCAAAGAAGAUCAUGAGGAAGAGGACGAAGAUGAGGUGAGCAUGAAGGGAUGCCCGCCCCCAGCACCCCUUUUUGGAGAUGAUGAUGAUGACGAUGACAUUGACUGGCUGGGAUGAAGACCCAGGAAACUGAGGCCAAGGUUUCUCUCCUGGCCCUUCUCUAAGCACGCUUUUGCACAGCAGCCCUGGGUCUAGGCAGACCACAGGGUGAGGUAAAGGUGAGCAUUCUGAGGACAGUGGUUCAGAUACCUGAGUUAGCCAGCUUCUGAGCCCCCUGCCUAGCCAUGUGAAAUGGAGUGUGACCCUGUCGUCAGAACACUGAUGUGUUCAACAGUCUGUGUGGUCCUGCCUCAGUCUCAGUUGGAGACGAGCUGCUAGGUUCCCUUCUAGCCACUCACCUACAGGAGUCCUGCCCUCUUCCAAGCUUUCUACUCGCUUCACAAACUGUCAGACUGAUCCAGGGAGCCUUCCUUCAUCCGCUUCUCAAUGUUCAGGUGCACCUCGGCAAUAAGACCUGUCACCUGGGGUAAGCCUCCUGGGUGAAACUUAGGGUAAAUUAUGUCAUCUAAAUCCUAUUUAGUUAACAGCCUUCCCUGCAGUCCUGGGACAUAUAUCUUUUCUCUGCCUUAAAUCCGAUACACGUCAGUGAAUAUUUGAAAUUAACAAAAUUAAAAUAAAUAUCUGUGAUAAAACUUGACUGAAGCCCUUGGGGAGAAAUCAAGUUUGUUUCUAAGGGCUGUGCUACACUUUGGGAAUCUAAAGAUAGGAGUUGUAAUGGAUCUGGAUCAGUGAAUGAGCACAAAAGCAUUGUGACAUAAUCCCUUUGGCACCUAACCCUGGAACUCUUAGGCUUUCAAAGUCACCACUCUGCUGUCCCUGUUCAUAAGGUUCAGGGCGUGGUUAGCCAAAGACCAGUGCUGUAGUCCACUUGCUCCUGCAGGCUUUGCCCUGCACCCAAGGAAGCCAUGCAGAAGGGGUGGGGAGGUCCCUGUAUUCCAUUGUCCAUUAUGACACCUGAGGGAUUCUUCACUACUUUGAGAGUAGCUUCCAUUGCCUCUGAACUCAGGGGCCAGGACUAGUGCAGAGAACAAGAGUGAGGAAAUAUUUGUGGUCAUUUUAUUUAUUCCAGCAUCUUCCAAAGAACCAAAACCAAACCCACUGCCACUGAAUUGAUUUUGACUCACAGCGACCCUAUAGGCAGAGUAGAACUGCCCCAUAGGGUUUCCAAGGAGCUGCUGGUGGAUUCAAACUGCUGACCUUUUGGUUAGCAGCCAAACGCUUAACCACUGCACCACCAGGGCUCCGGAUCUUCCAAAGACACUGCAAAAAAGUAGAAUAAUUUUAAUAAAAAUGUUUGCAAGAUGGGAACUUGAAUUUUACUCCAUGUGGCCUGGCUCCCAUAUCUGUGGGUUUAAAAGCUAAGAACUAUCAUUUAUUAAACUUCUGUCUUUGGCACUACUGUCUAGCACUUUACAUAGACUAUCUCAUUUCCAACAACCCUUGCAGAAGAUACUGCUAUCCCUGUUUGAUAGAGGAGAAAACUGAGGCUUACAGAGGUAAAGUAACUUGCCCAGGGUUACAUAGCUAGUGAGCAGCAAAACAAGAAUUCAAAUCCUGGCCAUUGGAUUCCAGAGCCUGGGCUUUUGGCCACCACAGCAGCAUCACCCUUGUCUGAUCAUUAAGAACCACUUGGGAGGGAGAAAGGGGCAAAUGCUUUUUAGAAAUACCGGUUUCUGGACCCCACCCCAGAUCUCCUGAAUCAGAAUUUCCACUGUUAUGAUAAAAUACAAAAAUCAUAGGCUUUUGAGUCUCCAUGAUCUGUGUUCACAUCCCUGUUCCACUGGGCCUUAGGCCAAAUUACUUACCUUCUCUGCCUCAGCCCCUUCACCUCGAUUGAUGAAAAUAGACUGUUUAGCUCUAAAUCAUGGCUCUGCCACUUAUUAGCUGGGUGACUUUAACUUCUCAAUGCUUCAGCUUCCUCCUCUUAGUUUCUACUUCAUGGUGAGGAUUAAAUGAGUUAAUGUUUGUAAAGUGCUUAGAAUACCGCCUGGCAUCUGAUAACCAUAAUGUAAGAAUUUGUUAAAUUAAAAAAAAAAAAUUCUAAAUAGGGAAACUACCACCUUUUAUGACUUGGCGGGCUCUGAAGAAUGUUGAAAUGAGAGCGAUGAAUUGCCUACUAAGUCUGUAACACA